AUGGGGCUCAAAAACUACUUCAUGUCGUCGAAAUCGACCGCGGACCCGCAUACACAGCCAACAGAGAAGCUAGAGCAGAGCGUGACACCGACGGGAGCACCGCCGACGUAUUCUGGACGAGACUCCUACGCAAAUGCAUCUUCGAGUGCCUCCUUGGCACCGUCGGCCCAUGCUGGUAAUGUGGUGGAUGGGAUCAGACGUGAAGUCCUCGUCAACUACCUCUUCCAGCAGCAGUGCACGUCGCGAUGGAUCGGCAAUGGAGUCGGGGACUACGAAGGUGUCAUGGUGAGGCAGAUGAAGAACGAUUUUUUGUUCUGUCCACCGGAUCUCCACGAUUCUGUCUUUGGUCGCUGCUGCAUGGCCCUCAAUCUUCCUUGUGCCAUGACCGUCAAUAGCAGGGUCAUCAAAACUUUCCUGGCAUGGUCCCCCAAUGCUGUGGAUGUGCCCCUUAAAAACGGGUUGCGGGUACAGGUGUUGCCGUCGAUGGACGAUCUUUCACGAGCGAGAAAGAUGCAAUUUGCCGCCUUUAUCGCCCAGGACGGUCUCUUGGUGGUCUGGGACGAUGACCCAGCCAAUCUCAUCCAAAGGGCUCGUUCCAUGGAGGAAGACUUGAUCGACCUAGUCUGGAAGACAGGGACUACAACGGGUGAGGAAGAAGUAGCAGCAGCAGCAGCCAGCGACGAGAAGAAGAUUCCUCGUGUCACAGCGGUCAUGGUCGAUGAGGAGACUGGCACAUAUGCUCCAGAAAACCGACCUACUCACCUCCAAAACACAGUUCUUGUGGCAAUCACAAUAAUCCUAAUCUUGGUCCUGCUGGGCGCUGGAUUUCGUCAACUGGCCAUAGAGGUCAAAGUAGAUCAAGGCUACGCUCGCCUGGCCUUUCUGAUCCUGACCCCGAUUCAAAUCUUCUUUACUCUGUUUUUCGCACAAGUCAUUGUCGGCUGCCUUGCUCAAUGCGUUGGCCCUAUCCAUCAGAUGAAAGAAAACAGCAGAUUCUACUCUGCCAUGCUGCCCGUCCGAAUGACAUCUCGCACACUUCCACACGUGACAAUUCAGUGUCCCGUCUACAAGGAAGGUCUCGAUUCUGUCAUCAUACCCACCAUCCGAAGUAUCAAAGCUGCAAUUUCGACGUAUGAGAUGCAAGGCGGAAGUGCCAACAUUCUCAUCAACGACGACGGACUCCAAUUGCUCGACGACCAAGAGCGGGAAGCCCGCAUUGAUUUUUACGCCGAUAAUUCUCUCGGAUGGACAGCGCGACCCAAACAUGGUUCUGAAGGAUUUGUUCGAAAGGGAAAAUUCAAGAAAGCGAGUAACAUGAAUUUCGGUCUGAUGAUAUCCUGCAACGUGGAAACCAAAUUAGCCGCAGUCGAACGAAGUGACGACUGGACGCAGGCCGAUGAAGCACUAGAGUACGAGCGCUGUCUUCGUGAAGUAGUCGAAGAGCACGGUCGUGCGUGGGCAGACGGUAACAUUCGCAUGGGCGACUACAUCCUGAUCAUCGAUUCCGACACUCGCGUACCCACCGACUGUUUCCUCGAUGCCGUCAGUGAAAUGGAGGCUUCACCAGAUGUAGGCAUCAUGCAAUUCGCAUCUGGCGUGAUGAAUGUCACCGACUCAUUUUUCGAAAACGGAAUUACAUUUUUCACGAAUUUAAUCUAUUCUGCAAUCAAAUAUACUGUCUCCAACGGAGAUGUUGCACCAUUCGUCGGACAUAAUGCCAUCUUGAGAUGGUCUGCCAUCCAGGAAAUCGGCUACUUUGACGAAGAUGGCUACGAAAAAUUCUGGUCCGAGAGCCACGUCUCCGAAGAUUUUGAGAUGUCGCUCAAACUUCAAUGCCUGGGAUAUAUUAUCCGCUUGGCUUCUUGGGACAACGCAGGUUUCAAAGAAGGUGUUUCACUGACCGUCUACGACGAACUGGCCCGAUGGGAGAAGUACGCAUAUGGUUGCAACGAGCUUCUCUUCCACCCCAUCCGGACGUGGUUAUGGAAAGGACCCUUCACACCCCUCUUCCGUAAAUUCCUCUUCUCCAACAUCCGCUUCACCUCCAAAGUCACCAUUGUCAGCUACAUUGGGACCUACUACGCCAUUGGCGCCGCAUGGAUUUUGACCGUUGCCAAUUAUUUCGCCAUUGGCUGGUUUAAUGGAUACUUGGAUAAGUACUACAUUGACAGCUGGAAAGUCUGGUUCUCCAUUGUCAUUGUCUUCAACGGACUCGGAAACGUCUCGCUGGCGACGAUGCGAUAUCGAAUUGGAGAACGCGGAUGGUUUUCUUCGUUGUUUGAGAAUUUGAAAUGGACAUUUAUGCUGGCAAUCUUCCUCGGAGGCUUGAGUCUUCACGUCUCGCAAGCGCUGCUUUCUCAUAUGUUUGAGAUUAAUAUGACAUGGGGCGCAACAUCCAAAGAAGCAGAACAAUCAAACUUCUUCAUCGAAGUCCCCAAAAUCCUCGGCCGAUUCAAAUGGUCCAUCUCCUUUGCCCUCUUCUUCAUCAUCGUCAUGAUCGUCCUCGCCGUCGGGACCUUUCUUCCUCACAGCUGGAUGAUCAAAGACUUCAUCGCCAUUCUGCCCCUCUCGACUGUAUCCGUCAGUCAUUUGUUGUUGCCGAUUGUCUUGAAUCCGGCUUUGAUGACUUUUAGUUUUUAA